GGAAUCUGCAUUUGUGUUUUCGGUGCACCCGGUUUGGAGAGAGACCCCCCGUCUGGCACGCAUCGUGGUGGGUUGUGGCUUGGGUCCCUUUGGGAACCUGCGCUGCUGGACGGGGGUUGUGGCAGUUCGUGUGGUUGAUCCGCUUGGUAAGAGCAUCCAUCCAACUGGUCUGUCGAUUGCAUGCUAACAACUGUGGGGGUUCAGGUUACCGCGGCAUCGAGAUCUCGACACAUCAGGACAAGUUCGCGUGUUGGUCCGUUUGGUAAGACAUCCAUCCAACUGUCUGCCUUUUCGAUUGCAUGCUAACAGCUUUCCUCGUCCAGACAACCGCGAUGUCGAGACAAGCUCAUGGAACCCGCUGUUCCGAUCGAAUCGGGAAGGUAUCUACACGGGAAUCUGGUUGUUUUGACUGCGUGAUAACAGAUUGCAGGGCCAUGGCGACACCCUGCAGUAGGCGUGUGCCGGUGGGUGGGCUUGGGGUCCCUUAUGGGACAGCACACGUCUGCUUCGGGGUCAUGGUACCCUCGCUGUCGAUGACCUCUGACGGAUUGCUUCACAGCGGAAGACCACUGGCGAUUAAAUCUCAUCUGAAAACCAUCGUUCGGAAACCGUCGCCGCCCUCCGUCAUCGCAAAGCACGAAUUCUAUCUACAAUCUGUCGAAAUCUUUGCAAGCUCGUGUUCUUGCUUUUCUUUUCUUCUUUCUUCUUUCUUCUUACUCGGUUGGAGUUGGUUUGGGCGUUUUGUCCUGUUUUGUUUUCUUUCUUUUUUUUUUUCUCCUCGUAUAUCGAGUCGAGUUUUUUUUAUUUGUGUACAAAGUACUGCGCCCUUGCUUUUCUUUUCUUUUCCUCUUUCCUCCUCUUCAUCGGGACCAUCGCGUCGUUUUUUCUUUCUUGCAUGCAAAAGUCUUGCUUCGUUACGGCUGCGUUAUUUGAAUCGCAAUGGGAUAUCUUGCGCAAACCAGGCAUUACCUUUAUCUGUAGACCGUAUGAGAUCUUGUAGAUACGAUCAACGACUGAGAAGACUGAAGCUCAAAGUCUACAGCACCGAGUACGAUCGAAGGAGAUGAAGCCUUGGUUAACAUCUGGAUCCUGAGAAGAGCAUGGUGAAUAGUAAUUGAUGUCCUAGAUAAAAUAGGUUAUAAUCAAGCAUAUCAUAUUAGUCAUGGCAUCAGCAUCUCAGCGACGACGAUGCGUU